GAGGAGAAAUGGACUCCGGGUCCCCGAAGGGCGGGGCCGGGGUCCCCCUCCUGGAGCUGAGCGCAGACGGCUGGGGGUCGGGUUCCUGGGUCCCUGGCCUGCGCAGAGUUGCGGGCACCGGACGUCGGGGUUCUUAGAAGGGGAGAUGAGGAGUUUUCACCGUAACUGUGCUUCACGCAGGAAGCCCUAUAGAAUCCGGCCACAGGCAUGAAGGGCCCCCGGCAGAAAUGAUAGUGCUGGCGCCAGCCUGGAGCCCAACUACCUCCCUUCUGCUGCUGCUGUUACUGCUCAGCCCUGGCCUCCAAGGGACCCCCGACUGCUCCUUCCGCCACAGCCCCAUCUCCUCCACCUUUGCCAUCAAGAUCAGCAAGCUGUCCAAGUACCUGCUUCAAGAUUACCCCGUCACUGUUGCCUCCAAUCUUCAGGACGACAAGCUCUGCGGGGCGUUCUGGCGUCUGGUCCUGGCCCAGCGCUGGAUGGGACGGCUCAAGACCGUGGCUGGGUCGGAGAUGGAGAAACUGCUGGAGGAUGUCAACACCGAGAUACACUUUGUCACCUCAUGUGCCUUCCAGCCCCUUCCCAGCUGUCUUCGCUUCGUCCAGGCCAACAUCUCCCACCUCCUGCAGGACACUUACCAGCAGCUGGAGGCCUUGAAGCCCUGGAUCACCCACCGGAAUUUCUCCCGGUGCCUGGAACUGCAGUGUCAGCCGGACUCACCCACUCUGCUGCCCCCGAGGAGCCCCGGGGCCUUGGGAGCCACAUCCCUGCCGGCCCCUCAGUCCCCUCUUCUGCUCCUCUUGCUGCUGCUGCUGCUGCCGGUGGCCCUCCUGCUGCUGGCCGCUGCCUGGUGCCUGUGCUGGCGGAGGAGGAGACGGAGGACACCCUACCCUGGGGAGCGGCGGAGGACACUGAGGCCCAGAGAGAGCAGUCACCUGCCUGCGGACACAGAGUCGGAACUUGGAGGAAGUCAGCUAGAACCUGGUCCUUUCUUUGGCCACACUGCUCCUGUCACUGUCCCCCCGGGAUGGAGGCAACGCCAGCACCCACCAUCGGCUCCCCCUUCCCCCCUUUGUACAAAGCCCUUGUCCCCAGGAAAUUGUAUAUAAAUCAUCAUUUUCUACCA